AUGUGCGUUUUGUGUAAGCAUCUCCUCCACGCACAAGAAAAAAAUAAAGAGAGAGAGAUAUCGAUAGAAGGAAAACCAGAGAGGAGAGAGAGAGAAGGAAAGAAGGAGGAAGAGAGAGAGUUGUCGUGUGAGAUAGAAGGAAAGAAGGAGAGGAGGGAAAGAGAUAGUGCGUCUUCCGUAGAGACGCGGUGGAGCCGACGGCAUCCACAAUCAUUGUCGCUCGACAUAGGCAUCGUCACUACCAUCGGAAGCUACUACCAUCGCCGUCAUGUCCACCAAAGGAGAAAGCCGAGACAAAUCAUCAUAACUUGCAGCGUAAGUAAACCAGGGAUGUGCCUUGAUCAACAAGACGUUUUACUCGGUCAACAAGACGUACUUGUCGGACCAAUCAUAACCAUGAUGUCAUCAUUGUCCCAUUUCCUCUUCGUCAACUUGGUGUCAAAGUCUUCGUCUUCUCAUUUUGACUUCAAGUCACAAUGA